AUUUUGAUUGAGCAAAAUAAGUGAAGGUACAUCUCUCAGAUUUCAGAAUUCAGACUCAUAAUAUUUUCUUUGAAUUAAUCUGAAAGCGUUAUAAAAAUUAAAUCUGUAAAAAUUGUUUUAAUCACACUGUGAACUAACUUAGUGCUUAUUUUGAAAAUGGCUCCUAAAGCUGGUGGAGAUUCUGCAAAAGUUAAUUCUUCGGUUUACAAAGAUAAAAGUAAACCAACUGAUAUUCGGCGCAGCAAUAUAAAUGCCGCUAAAGCUGUUGCUGAUGCUAUCAGAACAAGUUUGGGUCCCAGGGGUAUGGAUAAGAUGAUACAAUCAUCAAAGGGUGAAGUUACAAUAACAAAUGAUGGAGCUACAAUUUUGAAACAGAUGAGUGUUAUUCACCCAGCUGCAAAAAUGUUAGUUGAGUUAUCCCGGGCCCAAGAUAUAGAGGCUGGAGAUGGUACAACAUCUGUGGUGGUGAUAGCAGGAGCUCUACUUGAUGCUGCUGAAAAGCUGUUGCAGAAAGGAAUUCACCCAACUGUUAUAUCUGACGGAUUCCAGAAGGCUUUGCAAAUGGCUUUACAGGUUGUAGAGGGCAUGGCCACACCAGUAGAUUUAAAUAAUGAAGAAGAUCUCCUGAAAGCAGCCGCUACAUCGUUGAAUUCAAAAGUAGUUUCUCAACAUUCUACAAUUUUGGCACCAAUUGCAGUUCAGGCAAUCCGUGCAGUUAUGGAACUCAUACCUGGAGGAGUGGGUGCUCGUGUGGAUCUUCGUGACGUCAAAGUCACUGAACGCAUUGGAGGCACAGUCGAAGAUACUGAGUUGGUUCAAGGACUUGUUAUAGCACAUCGUGCUGCAAAUGUAAAUGGACCUCACCGUAUUGAAAAGGCCAAAGUUGGACUUAUCCAGUUCUGCAUUUCACCACCAAAAACUGAUAUGGAUCACAAUGUUAUUGUUUCUGAUUAUGCUGCAAUGGACCGAGUGCUUAAGGAAGAGCGUCAAUAUAUUUUAAAUAUAGUAAAGCAAAUUAAGAAGGCUGGUUGUAAUGUACUUCUCGUUCAGAAAUCUAUCUUAAGGGACGCAUUGAGUGACUUAGCAGUACAUUUCUUGGAUAAAAUAAAGACAAUGGUCAUUAAAGAUAUCGAGCGCGAAGAUAUUGAAUUUGUGUGCAAGACAUUAGGAUGUCGUCCAAUUGCAUCUCUUGAUCACUUUACUGCUGAGAAUCUGGUAAAUGUAGAUUUGGUGGAAGAAGUGAAUGAAUCGGGUGGAAAAUAUAUCAAGAUGACGGGGUGCGCGGGCGGCGGGCGCACGGUGUCGCUGGUGGUGCGCGGGUCGAGCGGCGCCGUGGUGGCGGAGGCGGCGCGGUCUCUGCACGACGCGCUGUGUGCCGUGCGCUGUGUGGCUCGCCGGCCCGCGCUGCUGGCGGGCGGGGGCGCGCCCGAGGCCGCCGCCGCCGCCGCGCUCACCCGCGCCGCCCUCGCCGCGCCCGGCGCCGACCACUACUGCCUGCGAGCCUACGCCGACGCGCUCGAAGUGAUCCCCUCCACGCUCGCCGAGAACGCCGGUCUGAACCCCAUCGAGACCGUGACUGAGCUGCGCGCGGCGCACGCGGGCGGCUCGGGCGGCGACAGCGGCGCGGGCGUCAACGUGCGCCGCGGCCGCGUCACCGACAUGCGGCAGGAGAGCGUGCUGCAGCCGCUGCACGUGACCGCGUCCGCGCUGGCGCUGGCCACCGAGACCGUGCGCGCCAUACUCAAGAUAGACGACAUUGUAAACACCAUUAACUGAACUUAACAACACAUAAAAUGAAAUGAGAGUAUUAACACAAAUUACAUUUUAAUUUAUAUUAUCAUUAUUAUUGCUUUAAUUCACAAUUCUUUUAAUGUGAUGCUUAUGACAAGUUAGUGUCCUCCAAUGAUUAGUAAGGACCAGAGUCAUUUUUGUUGUAGUCUUGUUACUAAUUUAGUAAUUAUGCAAUAAAGAUAUAACAAAAUAAAA